AUGAAUGAUUCGGAUGAAGACGAUAUUCCAAAACGAAGGAAACAAAAGAAAAAGUCAUCUCAACAGACGCUCAAAGAACGAUACGAGUUAGGAGAUCCAGAGGUUGGCCUUCUUGGAGAACCCAAUGGAAAUAAUUUUGAAUACUAUGUCUUGUAUUCAAAUAAAUCAGCCCCAACAACUCCUGAGCCCGAAGAUGUCAAAGAUUGCUACAUGUUUGGUCCGAUAUCCUCUCAAGGGUCGAUCUUCCCAUCCCGAGAGUUUGAGUAA